AUGAAUAGCAUUUCUGGGUUAUUUCCCAAUGCUAUUCAAAACAUGUCAUCCCUUGCAUUCCUUGACAUUUCUGACAACAAUAUUCUUGGCUCAGUUCCAUUAUGGCUAGGAGAGUUCAUGUUUCUAACCCAUCUGAAUCUAGCCAGGAAUGAACUUUCUGCAUUCUUAGGGAGGUUGUCUUCCUUGAGGGGGUUAAGUCUUUAUAGGAAUCACCUAAAAGGUCACAUCCCAGAUAGUCUUGGGAAGCUUUUGAACUUGGAAAUUUUGGAUCUUUCAACUAACUCCUUUGAAGGGGCUCUUGGGGAGAUUCUCCUUGGCACCAUUCCUCAGUCAUUAUAUAGGUCUGAUUCAUUAGAAUCUUUGAACUUGAGCAACAAUAGUUUGCAUGGAGAGCUUCCAUCAACCUUGCAAUCUUGCCACUUCUUGAAUAUUUUGGAUCUUGGCAACAAUGGACUAUAUGGCAAUAUACCUUCAAGUAUGUGGGUUGAUUUUAGUGAAAUCAGAAUUCUUAGGCUUCGCCAAAACAAAUUUAAUGGUAAUAUCCCAUCAAGCCUCUGCCAACUCCCUUACUUGCAAAUCUUGGAUCUCGCAAAUAACAACUUCACAGGCAUAAUUCCUUUUUGCAUUGGGAAUCUUAGGGGAAUGAUGAUAAACAAACAAGCAUUAGAUUAUCAAUCAGAGGUAGAUGAAGCUUCUGAACCACUAGUACCUGCAAGUAGUCCUAUGUAUCUUCCAGACUUUGAUCAAUGGCAAAAAGUACAUGUCAAGCAAUUCAUGAAAGGAAGAGAAUUUGAUUACAUAAGAACUCUCCAAUAUGUAAUUAACAUGGACUUGUCAAGCAACAACCUUGUUGGCUUUAUACCAGAAGUUAUAACUUCUCUCAAUGGAUUGGUUAACUUGAAUUUAUCACACAACUCUUUAUCAGGAGAAAUUCCAAGCAAAAUAGGGAAAAUGAAGUUUCUAGAAUCACUGGACCUCUCAUGGAACCAACUUGAAGGUGCACUUCCAAGUAGCAUGUCUUCUUUGACAUUUUUAACCCGCUUGAAUUUGUCAUACAACAACUUUUCAGGGCCAAUUCCAGAGGAAAAUCAGUUCCUUGCACUUGAGGAUCCAUCCAUUUACAUUGGAAAUCAAUAUCUCUGUGGAGAACCUGUGCUGAAAAAAUGCUCCCGGGAUGACAAUAAUGAAGCUCCAAUUUAUGAAGGCAAAGACGAUGACAACAAAAAAGAAAAGAUCCUGUUUUACUUUGUUGUUACCCUUGGUUUCAUGACAGGAUUCUGGGGAGCUAUUGGAGUCCUAGUGGUCAACAAGAGAUUAAGGUAUGUUUGUUUUAGAUAUGUGGAGAAAAUAGCUGAUCAAAUAUAUGUAGCAAUAGCAAUAAGAGUUGCAAGGAUCAAGAGAAUAUGGCAGAAAUCUUGA